AUGAAUGAAGAUGCACUCAUAUUCCAACAAUUCACAGAGCAACUUGAAGAGGAGGCAGAUGAAGAGUACUGGGAGAUGGGUGCUGCUUCACUCGGCGUCAUAGUGGGAGGUGCCGAGAUCUCACAUCAGUUACGGAAUGAACGACGUCACGAAACCCGCCAAUAUCUUACCCGCCCUGAACUCCUGGAGAACCCCUGGAUUGCAACACCAUGGACCUCCCUUUACGACAGCAGGAGUGACUGUGCAUAUAUCACAACCAUGGGGUUCGAUGUUGCCACCUUCGAUUUCAUUCUCGAGUCGGGUUUUGUACAGACCUGGCUCUCAACACCCAUCCCCCGAACUGAUACCUCUCGUUCAGGAGAUCCAUGA